ACCCCCCUAUUCAUCCUCUUCUACCGGAAGGCAACCCUAGAAAAUUUCACUAUUCCAAAGUUGUGGAGCAGUGCAAUGUCUCGUCGAGAUUCGGACUCUAGACGACACCGUUCUGGGUUUGACCGUGAACCCGGUCCUAAGAGGUCUAGGAGAGAUGGGAAGCCUCAGACCGAAAGAGUUGUGUCCAACGCUGAUGUUGCAGACAGGCCCGACCACGAUGAGAAACAGCGCCGUCGGCUGCAAGUUGCUGUGCCUCUUGAAGUGGCGCCGACAGCUCGUGAUUCUUCUAAGGUUGAAAAUGCAAUCGUGAGCAAGGAAUCUGAUCGGAAAAACAAUGGGCACCACCAAGGAACUAAACAUUCUUCUGAUGCAACUGACGUGCCCCGCUCCCGGUCCUAUUUUCAGCAUGAUGAACGUCGUAGUGCCGCACAAGCUGGUCAAAGUUUUGGUCGGAGAGCGGCUUCUGAGCGUAGAGAUCGUGGAUGGAGUGGGGAUGCGAAGGAUCAUCAUAGUGAAAGGCAAACUAAACCAUUUGAAAUGAGGCAAAGAGAUAAGAAACCACAAGCCAAAAGGGAUGGCAAAGAUGAUUGGCGCCAUGACAGAUUCUUUGAAAUGGAGGCUGAUCCUCUGCCACAUCCACCACCUACCAGGAAACGACCUGUAUUUAGCGAGAAGGUGGUCCCAGUAGCAACUCAAUCGACUGACCAUGCAGAGAAGGAAUCAGAAAAGUUGACCCUUUCUCGCCACCAUGCUUUAGGAAGUGAAAGAAGAGUGGAAAGGGACCACAACCCCCGGCAUUUGGACAGACUCACUGCUAGAGAUCAGGUCGUGAGCAGAAGAGAAGUACCGAGAGGUGGAUUUGUUUCGCAUGAAAGGCAUGGAUGUGGUGGUGGUAGCAUUUUCAAUGGAAGAGAUAGAUUCAGUGGAAGACAGGGGUAUCGCGCAGGUGGCCCUCGUGUUGAGAAGUGGAAGCAUGAUUUGUUUGAUGAGGCCAACAAGAGCCCUCCCAGACAGAACGAAGAGGACCAGAUCGCCAAGGUGGAAUCACUCUUGGAAUCUUAGAGCUCAAGUUAUGAUAUUAAGUGGCCCUUUGAUUUAAUUAUCAAAAGGUUAGCGGUGAAAUCUUUUUAGUGCCCCAUUUUUUUACCUUUCUUUACGAUUAUGUUGUAUUUUAUGCACAAAGUUUGUCUAUAUGUGAAUGAUUGCAACUCUAUUUUAGUAGUGGAAUGAUGGAAUUUGAACAAUUUGGCCUUCUUUGGAGGCUUUUAAAUGCAGUUCGAUAGAUGCUUCAGUGUUU